CACGAGAUGACCACGGACAACCGAGCGGCAAUGUGGCAGCAAUCGCCGAUUGCGCUGCAGAUUCUGCACUACCUCGACGACGACGAUGACGCACACGCCUUUCUUCAAGCGGCGCCCAAUGGCAGCCUUGAUGACGCGCUCGACGCGCUACGGACGCUCUUGGCCAUGGACGUGGAGCUGCCACUCUGGCCCACGCCGCACGCCGCCAGUCUCAACAAAGCCUACUACGUCGAUCCUGGUGUCGUCACGAAUGCGCUCUCUGCUUUCAAGAAGAUUACUUUUGUGAGCGGUCAGGAGCUUUUGCGCAUUUGCCACAACACGGUCCUGUCACCAACGACGGCCGUGCACGCAAACUUUCGAGACCAUGUCCUUAGCGUCCGCGCGGCACUAGGCAAUUGGCUGCCCAACCUCGUGAAUCUUCGGGUCGCGGGUCUGGACUUUGUGGACUUUGUGGCCGUCAUCAAGACCGAUCUCUCGGCUUGCCAUGGCCUGCGUACACUGACGAUGAGCCAAGAAGAGGCGGUAGACCAAGGCACCUUUGACGCUGUCCUGACGGCUGUCGUCGCAAAUUGCCCCCACGUCGAACGCAUCAGCGUCAGCUCGUCCGAAAUUUCGCACAUGUCGGACGGCAGAACCCUCCUCACGUGGCUGGCGCUGCCAACCGCGCGUCAUCUGGAGCUGGACAGUACCGACUUUCAAGGCGCGCUUGGCACAGACCUUGCAGCGGCAAUUCUAGUGUCGAAUACGCUGGAGACGAUCGAGUUGCUGCAAGUCUCAAGCCUUGUACGCGCGGUGACGAGUUUGUCGUCGCCGCCACUGCCCCAGCAACUGCGGCACUUGGUGAUCUGGGACUAUUUACUAGAAGACGACAGCUACGAUUCGAACAAUGACGACGACGCCGCCGCCCCACCACCGGCAUUUGACGAAGCGGACAUGGCUGCCCUCGCCGCCAAGAUCGCGACAUCGCGCCUCGAAAGCUUGCGUUUGUGGCUACGAGCGCCGUGCGAUGCCGCGUCAGUCCUUUCCAUCUUGCUGGAGGUACCAACACUAACCAAAUUUGCGCUCCAGGAAGCGACUCUGACCUCGUUUCCGCCUCUGAUGCAGAUUUUGCAUCUCGAGCUGAGCUGGGUAACGUUAUCAGACGAGGCCAUCGUGUCGCUCGCGGCGCUGCUUCGCUCGUCGCCCAAGCUCGUGCAGCUUGAUCUUGGCAACCACCAGCUUCCAGACCACCAAGCCAACACGAUCAUGCGUGCAUUGCCACAAUGGCUGAGCCAUCGAGGUUCUGCAUGCAGCGUCUACCUUGCGAUCAAGAGCGAUGCGUGUGCCAGUGCUUUUGCGACGGCACUCGCGCAGACACGCAACACACACAAGGUCACGAUCACAGUCUCGGCCUACGGCCUCUCCCUCGCAGCCAAAAAGCUUGUCGUCGCGGCGCUAGCGUUGACGUGGCAGAUGUCGCUGUCUUUUUUCGGUCCCGAUUCUCUCGAAGACAUUGCGCUGGAAGCGUACGGUCGGCAGCACCAUCUGACAAUCACAUAUCGCAAGAUGCACGAAGCCAAGCUGCACUCGUUCCACUCGCCGCGUACGACGACGACCUACUAGCGACUUUGAGAUGCACCACGCCGCCGUAGCACAUAACACUCCCCGUACCAA